UGUUAUACCCCCCUCUAGGAAGAAGGGUUUAAUAUCGGCUAUAUAAGCAAGACGAUCAGCAGAAUUCGCCGGCUUCGAAGAAGUCCACAUCGGCAAUAAUAGGGUGUUCGUCGUGUUUCUAGGCUUAAUUUUUAGCCAGUGACAUGGCUAGUUCAAACCCUGUGCCCCGUUUAUACAAGACAGUGGUAGAGGAUGUCAUAUCAAACGUUAGGGAGGCCUUUCUAGAUGAGGGGGUGGAUGAACAAGUUCUGCAGGAGCUCAAACAGUUGUGGGAAAACAAACUACAGCAGUCAAGGGCCCUGGAUUCUGGCCCUGAGCCAUCAGAACAAGUAAUGAUCCCAUCCACAAUUCAGUACAUACCACAACCAGUGCAAAGUGCACCUGCCAAACAACAAUUCAUAGGAGCUUCAGGAGUUGUGACUCAGAACAUGCCGGUCCCUGUACAGAUUGCCAGUCAAGACAUUAGUCAACCAGCUGCUGCAGCGCAUAUGGCAUUACCUCAAGGAGUCUUUCAACAACAGUUGCAGGCGCUGGCCUCUCAAGGUCUCACUCUGCAGCCUACAGGAAAUGGUCAGUUUAUAAUCCAGGCAUUACCACAACAAGCAGCCCAUGGUCAGCAGAUAGGAGGUCAUCAACUUCAGCAGGUGACCAUCUCCCAGGCCAGUAUUCCCACAAUGAUCCAGCAACCCCAACCCCAGCAACAACAGCAAAAGACACAUCAAGUUUUACAGCUUGAUGGAGCUGGUGACUCAAGUUCAUCAGAAGAUGAGGAUUUUGAUGAUGAUGAUGAUGAUAAUGAAAAUGAUGAUGAUGUGAAAGAGGAAGAUAAUGAUGAGCAGGGUGAAGAAGAGGAACCCCUGAACUCUGAUGAUGAUGUGAGUGACGAUGAUCCAUCAGAUCUGUUUGACACAGAUAAUGUGGUUGUGUGUCAGUAUGACAAGAUAAACAGGAAUAAGAAUAAGUGGAAGUUUCACUUAAAAGACGGAAUUAUGAAUCUCAACGGAAAAGACUUUGUCUUUCAAAAAGCCACUGGAGAUGCAGAAUGGUGAUAUAAGGAAGUACAAAGUAUCAAAUGAAUUGCACCUUAACUCAAGUACAAUUCACUUUCUAUUCACUAAGUGAGAGGCUAUAGGAGUGCAGGAAACAUGGGAUGUUAUUAAAUUUUCGAAAGCAGGUGCAAGGUGUUGGUUACAGGACCAGAUGCUGGAAAUGCUACAGAUGUUUUAUUGUGUGAAGUAAACUUAAACUGAGGAGAGAGUUUGGAGCAGAAGAUGAUCUUGCUCAUAGCAUUCAUUUUAAGAUGUGGAAGCCAUCCCCCUACCGAUGAGCUCUUUUUGGUACAUUUCAUGUUGUAUAUUUCCUUUUUCUGAUAUUGAUACAAGACAUGUGAAUUCCUGUACUCUAGGCUUCAACAUUUUCAGGUUUCUGUUGAUAGUAAUAAGAUUUUGCUAAUUUUGUGCAGGAAGUAUUUUUAUAUGAGAAAUUGAGUUUUAUGUCAUUUACAUGUACCUCAGUUAAAUGGACAGGUGAGUCUGGAGCUUAUAUCACAAAAACUUAGCUAACUUUUUUUUUUUUUUUUAAUUCUUUUGAUAUUUAAAGUUUCUUUUGUCAUAAGAGAUACUGUGGAAGCAUAGAUAUUCUUGGUGAAUUAAAUUGUGUUAAUGUUGGCAACAUCUAUCAACAAAUUUAAAUCCUUGACAAAUUUUUAACCCAAAUAUUCAAGAAUGCAGAUUUGCUUCUUGUUUCUUACCAAACUCCCCGUCGAGGCCUCAUCUACGUAUAGACCUCUCGCAGCUGAUGCAGUACAGAAACACAUUUGUAUAUUGUGAGUCUGCGAUUCUCACACGGGCAGAUAACGCUAAAGAAGUAGUUUGUAGUUAAAGCUUGAAAAUAUUGACAUUAAGAGCAUUAAUAUAAAAGUAUGGAUUUUAUUUUAAACAUAAAAUGAUCAAAACAUCACUAAAAAGUAGGGAGACUGUUCAAAUUAUAGUGUAAAGUAAUGAAAUUGAUGUUUACAUUCUUGUUUUUAACUGUUUACGUUUGACGUUAUGUUUUUGCAUUAUUCUACAGUUACGUCACACAGUGUACGCAGGUUUUGUAGUUCCUAAAAAAUCCCUAUCCCAUAAUGCCUAACUUGAAGAGUUUGGUUUGUGAGCAAACAAACUCUGACGGAAGUUUGGUUUCUUACUGGUACUAAAGAAGUAUAUUUACCUUAGCAAGCAACAGCGCUUCACCAUUCAUAGUACAAUGUAAUGUAGUGGAAGGUAGGUAUUUGAAAAUUAAUUUUUAGGUUACUUGAGUCACUCAGGUGACCUAUUGCUAUUGGUCUGCGUCAGUCCUAGAUUAACAAUUGAACAUUUUAAACUUAAUUUUGAUAGCUACCCUUCCAAUUCUUUUCGGAUUUGGAAUUGAGCAUCUUUGGGACAGGUGGGACGUAAAUUGUAAAUUUCAGGACUUUUUGCACCCCCUUAAUGGCAGGAGAUAAACUGGCAAAAGUUCUUCAAGUGAAAAAUCUUUGUCUCUGUAACCUCAUUUCUGUAAGAAAAAUUAAAUGCAUAGUUAUGCAAAGCAAGAAGGCCUCUACCAAAUUGUAAUUUUCAUAAUUCCCGGGGUAGAGGUUUUGACGGUAGGUCAGCACCAAAAUUGGUGUAUAGUGUUAUGUGUAAAACAUUUAAAUAACAUCUUUAAUUCUAAUGAUACUAAAUUGAAACUAAAGAGAUAUUUUUAGAUGGAGCAGGUAGCCCCUUAUCAAAAUUUCAUGACCUUGGGGUAGGGAUUUUGGUUCCAGGGUGGGCCCAAAAUUUGUAAAAGUCAUUUUAAAAAUGCUGAUUUUUGAAUUAUCAUGUCUUGAAAUUAUGUCCCAUUUAUCAUGAUAUGCAUUGAUCCAGGGGGUCACAAGUUCAGCAUGUAGUCACUGUGCUUGUGCGAGUUUUAUAUGCAUGUCUGGAAAUCUUGGACUUAGAGCUCACUGAUCCUUCAAGAUAAAGACACAAAUUCGCAAUAGUGAGCAUUAGAACGUAGACUUGCAAUUCCAAACAUUCCUUUUCUAUGUUUCCGGAAGUAAUGCAAAACCUUGCACAGUCGUUCGUUUUAUGAGCCAGUGGUAGCAAGUGAUAAAACCAAACAAGAAUCUGAAAACGAAAAUUAAAUCCCAACAAAGUUUAAAAUAUGUACUAAAAUUAUGAAAUUUUCACCCUACAAAAACAUGUGCUUCUUCAGUAAUUAUUUAUUUGAAAUAUUAACACACUUGAGAAAUCAGGGAAGUGGUUGACUGUAGAAAAUGCAGUGUUAAAAAUUAGAUUGUAGUUGUAAGAUUGCUUUGUGAUCCAGGCCUAGAAUACACUUGUUUAUAUCUUUUUUAGUGUAUGUGCAAUGUUAAAUGUGCUAUAGCUUGUAUAAGUCCAUAUUACACUUCGUAAAAGGGUUCGAUGAAAUUGUAAAUGUUGCACGGCAUCCCAAGUAUUCUGAUACUCACUGUAUUAUUCCUGUAGUGUCUAUUUGCUUUUUUUAAAAAAGAUAUUUAGGAAGCCUUUCUUGAACAACAGUUACUAGUUAUGAUGUUGUCUAAUCAGUAGAUAAUUGCAUGGCUUCACACCCACAAAUCCACCUUACCAUUUUCACACUAGUUUUAAACCACAUGACCUGAGGUUUAAUCUCGAGUCCCACAUGGUUAUUUUUAGUAGUAGUGAAAAAGGGUAAAUGAUUUUCUAUGAGCCCAUUCUGGAACCAGUUACAUGAUAAGAUAGCUUAAACUGUAAUGAACAAGAUCCAAACUAAUGUGUUUGAUAAAUCUGCUGGACAAGUUUUUCUUCAGUUGGUUACCCGACUGGUAAGUAGAUAGUAUGAAAAGUGCAGGUCACUGUGAUUGAAAAUACCUGUAGAUAGUUCCAUUUUAAGAACUGGAGAUUAAACCUAAUUCAUACACUCUUUCCAAACAUGCAAAUUCAGCGUCUUCCACAGCUAUUUUAAAAUUUUAUGAAUGAUUACGAACAGUAAUGAGAUGUGUAAUGAAAUCCUAGUUGAACAUUGUAGUUAUUCUGAAUGACCCAAUUCUAAAAAUGUUUACAACAUGUAAGGAAAACAAAGAAAGUGACAGAGUGGUGAAUGUUCCUUAUGUCAGCUGUUUGUGUGAAGUGGCUGUGUGUUGAAUAAUGUUCACAGAGAAAUAAUCUUGCAUUCAACGAUAUAGCACCGGAACACUGUAAUAUGUGCCUGUUUUUAUUUUUGUGGAUCAUCGUAGUAUAUAUAGUAUUGACGGUUUUCAAAUAGUGUUUGUAUCAGUGAUUUGGAUAAUUUCCUUCUUAAAAUCAUAAUUUAUAAAAUGGAAAAGAUCAUUACUAUGGCAAAAGCAGUGACAAAAAUGUCCAUUUAACUGAUCAUUUGCUAGUCAUUUAAUUUUUUUACCCAAGUACAUGUUGACUUGCCAUUUACUGUAAUUUUUGUGUUGUAUGAUAAACAAUUUAUGAUUAGAAGCCAAAAUGUAUUACUCAGAGAAAUAUCUUCAGGAAAUUUUGCAUGCACCUUCUAUUAUACUACUUGCAAACAAGUUAGUGGUGAGUAUAGGAAUCAUCAUGUCUGCCUAUCUGUCCCACCUUGUUUUGCCUAUAACAAAAGCACUAGAAAAUCAUGCUGUACACAAAUGUUGCCUUUGAUUGGGGAAUUUGUCAUGACCCUAUGAAAAGGUCGUGGGUAUUUGCAUUAUGAUUGAAGAGAUAGCAGAGGCUUAUACUUCAUACUGAAGUUGCUUUGGAUUAAAUAGUUAUGAUCAUCAACUUUGAAAGUAGACCAUAUUUUAAUGCAGAGAUCACAGAAGUGUGAUAAAACAGAAUGGUGCUUUGAACUUUGCAGAGCAAAGGUCAUUUAGAAAGGUUCAAUUUAUAGAAUUAUGAAGUUCAAAUUAGUAUGUAGUUCACUAAGUUGGGGGGUACUGCAGUUGAUCACUGCGGUUCAAUGUUUAUGAACAAGAUACUGCACUGUAAUGAAAUCAAGGACUCUGUUUUUGAUUUUGUUAAGGAAUAUAAACACUGCUGUAUGUAUUUUAUAUUCUUUUAUAGCGGUAAUGGUUUAUUGUUUUAAACUUAUCCAUAUUUAUUUUCAGAAGAAAGAUAAAGAAUUAAAUGUUCACAUAUGGUCAUACAUAUGUUUUCAAUUUCUUGUUUCUACAUAUAAAUUAUUAAUUCACUCCUUAAUUUUUUGAUUUUGAUGUGUUCUUCAAAUUCAGGGUACUUCUACUUGCAUGUGUCCUCUCUAAUUGUGACACUGCAGUUAUCUUUUCAUAGCAAUUCUAGCCAUAAAAAUAUGUAUAUUUUUAUCUGGUUAUAAGCUUAAAAAACUGAUAUAUUGGUUGUGAUUUGAAUCUCUUCAUUACUGCAGAUCUACUUGACUACUCAAAUGUAAACUUCAGAUGUUGGUAUGUAAGAUACCUCCUAAGAAUUAUAUCUGAAAAUUGAAGAGUAAAUUAAAUGAUAUUUCUAGUCAUGUCAUUGAUUGUAGAAGAAUAAUGUGAAUGUUUAUAGUAAAUUGGUAAUCCUGCAGACCUUUAUGGAAUGUAACAGUUCUCUAUUGAAAAGAUAUUUAGUAAUGCAUGUAACGUAUUUCCCGGAAUGGAUACAUCAAUAUCUCUCACGGAGAAAUAAAUCAUUGUUCAUGUAUCUCAUUGUGAAAUCUCAUCAUUCAUUUCAAAUGGACUGACAUGAUUGACUUGUAACGUUAUUAAGGUAAACAAUUGUUGGUUAAAAAAGAUGAAAAUACAUGUAUAUAUUAGGAUCUGUUUUGUAGGUAAAUAUUUGUUAUUGUGUACAGUUUGUGGAGACCUUUUCAUUUUUACAUAUUUUUAUCACUAGUGCACACCAGUACUAGUCAAUCAAAAUUAUGUUAUCAGCUAGAAGUCUUUGGAAUUCAUCCAGCUUUGUACUUAAGUGUACUUUUUGUUGUUGGUGAUGAUUAUAAUAAUGUUAAUGAUAAAAUGCAGUAGUAUGAUGAGAACACAGAGGUGGGGUUGGCGUAGUAACUAUAGUGUAGUGCGGGAGUUUAAGCAGGUCUAGUCAACUAGUGCACGCCAACCAAUUUUAGUUUAGUUCAGAAGUAAAGAUGCGGCCUUCAGCAACAGAUGGUUGUGGAAUUGUCAAUUUUUCAGGGUAUUUUCGAUGACAGCGUUGAAGAAUUAAGAUGUAACUGCAUAAAUCGAACGUGACAAUUAUAUACAACUUGUUUCUCGAUAACCAUGUUCUUCGGGAUCGAAUUACGACGCGUAUAAUUUUAAAAAGUAUUUUGAUUGCAAUUAUUAAAUCGCUUUCCUAGUGUAGAACGGCUGACUUCAAUUUCGGUUGUUGCAGAUUACCACGCCGUGGGCAAGAGUUAAUUGUAAAACAGUGACGUAAAUGAGUGCAAUCGACUAAUGUAACUGAAAACAUGCAUCACCAUUGUAAUUUCUGUCAUAUAUUCUUCAAAAAUUAUCUCUGCAUGUAGUGCAGAAGCUUCUUUUCCGCCGUCUUUGAACUAGACUGCUAGUGUGUGGGAGAGUAGCUAAUAUUUUUCAACUAGACUUGUUCACCUCCGGCAAACUAAAAACACGAUCGAAUGAACUAUAGUUUUACGUUCGUGACUAUAGUUUGCUCGCGAACUCCACCAUUCUUGUUUUUCCCAAGAGUUAAUCAGUGAUUUGUGUUUCAUUUAUUAGAAAUUGUUUUCGUUAUUUUCUUAAACGAAAGUAUAUUUGAUUACACAAAAUGUUUGAUCUUCAAAUGCACAUUGUAAAUCAUGUAUUUUGUGCCAUACAUAUUUGACCAUUGAAAAUAUGUCCGAUGUUGGAUAUGUGAUUAGAUACUGCUACAUGGUUAGGAUUGCGAACUGCAUAUGGUUCUCUGGUGCAUUUUGGUUUCAUCUGUAUGUAACUUAUUAAUAAAGAGUUUACAACAUC